GGCAAAAAAGGCAUAAUAAUAUGUCAGAUACGAAAAUUAAUAACUUCCCUCAAUUAAAACAAAAUUUGAUCAUGAACGGCUCAGAUCCGUUCAAUCAUUUAAUUAAUCAACCCCACUCUACAACAAAUUCUCCUUCUUCAUCAUCUGCCAGUUCUUCCUUUGCUUCAACUAAAAAUAGUAAAAAUAAUAAUUUUAAUCCUGUCCACAGGCUUCAUAAGAGUGAGGACAGUACAACAACCUUAAUUAAUCGUCUCCCUUUGAAUAUACCCUCGGCUAUGCUUACUGAGGAGGAAUUGGAUGGAGGGGAACUUUUAAGUGUUGAAGAGAGAGAGGAAAUAGACCCGGAAGAUGGCUGUAAGGUUCAAGUAUGGACUUAUCAUAUAUUAUCAGCCGAUGGGAUGGAAGAGAGUACAAUAAUAAGAAGGCGUAAAAUGAAGGUUAAUUGUACUGAAUCACUCAAAAGAAUAGAAUUUUCUAAUGGACGAGAAACUAAAUAUGAGGAACGUGAGGUUAUCAACAAUUUGGACUCAUUCACUCAACAACCAAAUCAUACACCUUUCCGAAAUUCUUCAGCAACAAAUGAGAGAACAAUGGAAGAUGACGAGGAUUCUGCACAGAUUGGCAGCAUGCUUUUUCAGACUCAGGAUAGCUUCCUUCGUCUUGUUAGAGAGAAGAAGGAUGCCCUUGUUAAACUCUUUCCUGAACUGUUUACCAAUCUGCGAACAACCCCCGCAAUUUUUGAGUCAAUGCCUUCUACCGUAAUGGAAACCAUUGUAAACGAAGAUGGAAGUACUACAACACGUACAAAAUUUUCCAAGGCUUUUAGCUCUCAUUAUACACGUCAAGAAAUGUUUAUCAAUGGGGUUCGGAAGGAGUGCCGUUCUCGUUUUCGAGCUUUUAUGGAAUAUGCUGGUCCGGAAGGGGGAUUCUGCAUACGACUAAAUGAUCACGCAGACGAGGAUUUAAGCGAGGAAGAAAGUAACGACCAUGAAGAGUCCACUUCUGAUGGCAAAAGUUGGAUAAGCAGCAGUGGACGUUCUUUAGCCUUAUCAGAAAUUGGGGAAGGACAAUCAGCCUUGGUAAUACCUGGAAAACAGGGACAGCUUUGCGUGUUAAAGGAUAAAGAAAAUAAUAAAAGAUGGGAGAAAGCAUGGCACGCUGUGAAUGAGAUGGUGCAAUCUGAGGAAAGAUAUGUACAAAAAUUGGCAUUACUCGAGAAAUUCCGCUCAACUACUGAACGUGCUCAACUUCUCGAUAGAAGACUUCAAUGCCACCUUUUUUCUAAUAUUGCAUCCCUAAACCAAUUCCAUGAGCAACACUUGUUACCUCAAUUAAUGGAUAGACGGAGGGAAUGGCAAGGCACUAAAAGGAUUAGUGAUGUUCUCCGGAAACAGGCUCCAUUCCUUAAAAUGUACAGCGAAUAUACUAACAACUACAAAACUGCCGUUCAUAUAUUCGAGGAAUGCAUGCGCAAGAAGAGAGCCUUUGGGGAAAUUGUUCGGCAACUUGAACAAUUACCCGAAUGUGAACAUCUUUCGCUUGUUUCCCAUCUAAUCUGUCCGGUACAACGGGUCAUGCGUUAUCAGCUUUUACUAAAAGAAUAUCAAAAGAAUUUAUUGCCAAAUGACCCUGAUUGGGAAGAUACAGAGACUGCUUUAACUUUGGUGCUUGAAGCAGCCUCUCAUGCUAAUGAAAUGAUGAGAAAGUUGGAUCGUUAUAGAAAUGUUUUAGAAAUACAAGAACAAUUGGGUAAUUCAAUUGCCUUGGUUUCGCCUGGACGUGAAUUGCUAACUCGAUCACGUUUAUUUAAGUGUUCUUCUAGCACCGGAAAGGUGGAGGAACGAUUACUCUUUGUCUUCAAUGAUCUAUUUUUAUUGGCCAGUGAACGUUCAACAUUUAUGAUUGGAACUAGAGGUGCUAGCAAAUAUAAAUUACGUGCUGGACCUCAACGUUGCGUGGAACUUUUUUGUGAAACCGAAGCAGAGAAAAAGGCGUUGUUUGAUACUGUUUGGUCUGUUAUCCAAGAAGCACACUCGAAAGAAUUAAAUAAUAAUCAUUUUGUACAAUCUCCCCAACUAACGGAUAAUCAACAACAGAAAAAAUGUGCUAGAUGUAAUAAUGAUUUUGGAUGGUAUGCCAAGCAAAUUGAAUGUCAGCGUUGUGGACAACGCUACUGUAAAAAAUGUAUAGCUCAAAAACCCCAAAAAAUGUGCCUUAAUUGUCUCAGAACUAUUGAGGGAUUGCGCAACUCGAGAUCUGAGGGGCCCUUGAAUAUUAGGGAAGGAACUCCAAUUACGAGAAAAAAUCUUUUGCAAGUUCCAGCUUCAGGAAACAUGUCUGAUGUUGUUAAAUCUGGCUAUCUAAAAUUCCGAGGGCAUUCGGACAAGCAACUUAGACGAUUCUUUGUUCUACGAAACAAUUUUUGUAUUUAUUCGUAUCGUUCUGAUCAAGACAAUUCCGCUUUAGCCAUGCUUCCUCUAUCAGGCUGUGACGUUAACGUCCACUCCUCAAUGCUACAAGCAGAAAAGUUUGGAAUUUCUUUGAGGCAUAUGAACAGACAAUAUUUAUUCAUUUGGUUAACAUAA